AUGGCCCUGCUUGUGGGCGCCUCGAUAUGCGCCGCGUUCACCGAGCUGCAGGAGGUGUUGCCGGCGGCAUGGCUGCAGCUGCUGAUGCUCCGCUUCUUCUCCGCAGCGCGCGUGGGCGACCGGCCGUGGCGUAACCUCAUCACACUCACCGUCCUCGUAGUCGCGACGCAGGCAUGCGGCACGACAGUGGCGUACGCGAGCAUGUACGCCAUGGACCCGACGGCCAACGUCCUCGCCUCCAGCCAGAUCGCGGUGGCCAACGUGCUGCCAUGCCUCGCGGACUCGCUCUUCCGCUUCACCUACAGGCUCUCACCACACCUGCAUCCGCUCGUCUUCCCCCUCGUCUCCGCCUCCAUCUGGACCCACCUCUCGCUGCUCUCCCCCUUUGGCGCCUUAGCCCACCCGUUCUACUCGCUGUGCUCCCUGCUGCCGCUCGUGCAAGCCACGGCAUAUGUGGGCAUGGAUGGUGUCUUGCUGCUGGUGGCCUGGCUGGUGGGGGGUAUUCACCAGAUGAUGUGCGAGGGGGAUGCGGUGGGGAGAGGCGAGGAGGGGUGGAGGCGGGGGGAGUGGGGUGAGAGUCGGGGUGAGAGUGGGAGGGUGGUUGGGGAGGAGGGGGGCGGGAGAGGGGAAGGGCAUGUGAGGUGUCCUGGGGAGGGGGUGAGGGAGGGGGGUAGCAGUCAAGUGUGUGGUGAGGGCUGUAACAGUGUUAGUGCAAUGAGGAAUGGAGCAGGAGGAGGAGGAGGAGUAGGAGGAGUAGGAGGAGGAGAAGGAGUAGGAGCAGGUGGGGAAAGGGGAGAAGGUGCAGUUGGGAGAAGCAACAGGCUUGGGGGAGGCAGCAGCGGGUGGGGCCAUGUGCAGAUGAGUGUGGCACUGCUGGUGGUGCUGAUGGCGGCCGGAUUCUUCCAGAAGCCGCUAGAAGCAACCAUAGUUCCCUCGGUGCCUGUCUCCUGCAUCCUCUCGCAAGCCCCCGCCAACAACAUCUCCCCCCGACCUCCCCCCUCGCUCUGCCAGCGUACUGCUGCUAACGCCUCCACGCAUUUACCCACUCCCUCAAUGCUGCUGGGGGCAGAUGGGGGAGAAGGGGAAAACGGGGGGGGACAGGGAGAGUGUCGACAGGGAGUUGCAGAAGGGGAAGCAUCUGCAGCGGGCGUAGGGAAAGGAGAAACGGGAAGAGCCAAAGCAGCAGCUGGGGAAGCAGCAGAAUCAACAACAGCAGCAUCAGUAGCAGCAGCAGCUGCACGAGAGGCGUGGGAGAAGUGGGAGGCAUGGCGGGUGGCAGGCAUAGCACGGAUGGUGCAGCAGACGCAGCAGAGAGCGAGAGCAGGCGACGUUCUGAUCCUGUGGUCAGAGGCACCUGUCAUUCUCAUGGACGACCAUGAGGAGGCCACGCUCCUGGCUGACCUUGCUGCCAUCGCCACUGCUGCCAGCACCAGCCGCGCUGCCGCCGCUGCUACUUCAACUGCUGCCGCCGCUGCCACUGCUGUUGGGGACGAUGCAACUCCAUCAACUCUUGGGCCAUACCUGGGCGCUUCAUAUGUAAAGCUCAUUGGCCCUAACUUCGUCAUCAACACGUUCGCCCUCAUCGGCCCCAGCGGCGCCCCCAUCCUGCGCUACAACAAGUCGCACCUCUUUCCCUCUGUGGAGGCCAACGUGCAACCCGGACUCGGGUCUCUGCCCGUGGUGGACACGCCUCUGGGGAGGCUGUCUGUGGCCGUCUGCUUUGACAUGCAGUUCCCUGCACUCAUCCGCCAGGCGGGAAGACAAGGAGUGGACAUUCUGCUGCAGCCCAGCUGGACGUGGGGCGCCAUAGGCCACGUGACAUUCGAGACGGAUGCAGUGAGGGCAGCAGAGAACGGGCUCACACUGCUGCGCUGCUCCUCCAUUGGGGUCUCGGGUGUCGUCUCCCCGUACUACCGCACCCUUGCUGCACAGGAAGCGCUAGAGAGUGGGAUGCUCACAAUGCACCUGCCCCUCCAGCGCCGUGCCCCAGCGCUCUACCCCUUUAUUGGCCUACCCAUCUCCCUCCUCCUCCUCUUCGUCACCCUCUUUGCAGCAUUUCUUGCCAUUUCCCCGCCCUACCUCUCCCUCCCUUUCUGUCGUUACCUCCCCACCCCCCUCUGCUCGCUGCUGCCUUACCCUCUCUGCUUGGGUGGACAGCAAGAGGGGAGGGAGAGGGAGAAGAAGGAAUAA